GGCGCAGUGGCACAUCACACAACCGCAAUAAGCAAAUAUGGCGGCGGCCGUCGACAGUGUUGUGAAAGUUCUUGGAGAACAGUAUUACAGAGAUGCCAUGGAGCAGUGUCACAGCUACAACGCCCGUCUCUGCGCAGAACGCAGCAUCCUCAUGCCUUUCCUGGAUUCUCAGACCGGAGUCGCACAGUCCAACUGUUACAUCUGGAUGGAGAAGAGGCACAGGAGCGCAGGUGUUGCUCCAGGACAGCUUUACUCUUACCCUGCUCGCCGUUGGAGGAAGAAACGACGUUCCCAACCUCCUGAGGACCCUCGCCUGGCUUUCCCCCCACUCAAAGCAGCAGAUUUAGAUCUGGGUCUGAAGCGUGAGGCUUUGGGAACAGCGGAUGGAAGCAGCUUGGAGGCUCUGUUAAAAGGCGAACCCCUCGAAAGGAGGAGCGGUGUGUCUGAUGUUCGUGCCCCUGAGGACGAUCCAGCCACUGUGGAGCCUCCUGCCACGUCAGCGGUCACUCACACGUCUUCUGGGCGCAUUCGUAAGCAGAGAGUGCUUGACCACGAUGAUUACUUGGAUGAUCUGGAUGAUGAAGACUUUGAAGAUGAGACCCCCAAAAGACGAGGCAAAAGCAAAUCCAAGGGUCGCAGUGACAAGAACGGGAAGAAGAAAACCGAGGCUGCAGCUGCAGCGCUGGAGGAGAGGGACAAACCUUACGCUUGUGACAUCUGUGGAAAGCGCUACAAGAAUCGUCCAGGCCUGAGCUACCACUAUACACACUCUCACCUGGCAGAGGAGGAGGGCGAGGACCACGAGGAGAUUGAGGCACCACCCACUCCUCGCCAGCCUGAGGAGCAGAAGACCACCAAAAAGGGUCCCAAUGGACUGGCGAUGCCCAACGAUUACUGUGAUUUCUGUCUGGGGGACUCUGCCUUGAAUCAAAAAACGGGCCAAUCAGAGGAGCUGGUGUCCUGCUCAGACUGUGGACGGUCAGGACACCCGACGUGUCUGCAGUUCACUCCAGUGAUGAUGGCGGCCGUGAAGACGUACCGCUGGCAGUGCAUCGAGUGCAAAUGCUGCAACGUCUGCGGCACCUCAGAGAAUGAUGACCAGCUGCUCUUCUGUGACGACUGUGAUCGAGGCUACCACAUGUACUGUCUAACCCCGCCCAUGACCGAACCGCCAGAGGGGAGUUGGAGCUGCCACCUGUGCCUGGCUCUGCUAAAAGACAAGGCCUCCAUAUACCAGCAGAACCAGAGCUCAGCCCCUGAGUGACGUCAGGACGCGAAGCCCACCUCUCAGCACCAGGACCCCACCGCCCCGCCUCACAAUGUCAGACCUCCUCUCAGUCCGUUGCGCCGGGCUCUGUCCAGAUGUAGCUGAGCCAGACCACAGAUCAGUUUUACAAGUCGCUCUUAUCUACAGUGCUAGUCGGGGGACUCAAAACAAAACUAGACCUCAGAUCAGUCGACACGGGGAUCAAACUAUCACUACAAACCUGCCUACAACGGCCUCAAGACGUGCUGUCUAACAUGUAACAUAUCAUUUGUAUUUACAUCAUAGACUGUUACACAUACAGAGAAACCGAAUGCAAGCAGUAACAAUAAUAGCUGCUGUCUCCAUGGGAGCUCCCAGGAGAACAAGGAUUAGCACCACAGCUAAUUAUUUGCACCCCUUCACACUCAGACUUAGCGUGGACUGUUUUUCUUCAGCUAAAAGAUCUAUUUUUACUCACUGAUAGUGACAUAGGGAUCACGCCACCGUUAUCUGGUUAAGAAAUAUAAUUGUUGUUUCUGGUUAUUUGUGGGCUUUUGUAGUGGCUUGUCGGUGUGUGCUGUUGUCCCAUCCACCAGAGGUUUCACCGUGUUUCCUUGACGAGGUUUCCUUUUGCGUAUCUAUCACAUGAGACACAUCACAGCAACUCGGCUCUCUGCUCACAGUGCGCUCAUACAUAGCACCAUCAUCAUGAUGGCUUUCAUUUAGCUUCAUGAAGAUGACACAGACACUUAUGGGAAUGGCUCAACAUUUUAUCAUAGAGUGUAAUUAAAAGAUAAGUCACUUCAAACACAGGAGCGUUACAGCAGAGUUCAGCAUGACCUUCUAAGGUGACGCCAACACUUGCCCUGAAUUUACUGGCAAAUCUGAUGCUGUAUUCCUAUUUUAGCUCACUACAUGAAACAAAUGAUGAUAAAUAACCACGUUUUUCCAUUUUCCUGUCUGAAUGCUGCGGCAGCAUCAUUUCACACACAGCUGUUGUGCCAACGAGACGCAGUCAUUUUCAAACUAGCUGUUCUUAUCAUUUGUCUGAGGUUGAUUUGCAUGCGACAUGCACACAAUCUUCUGUCACAGGUGUUUUUUUGUUUUUUACAUUUUCUAUAAUAUUCCAUUGGUAUUGGGAGUUUUUACUAGUUGAAUUUGUAAAGUCCAUGAUAUUGCAAACACUUUGAUAUAUAGCUCCUAAUCCAUUCUAUGUACUGUAUUGACUUUUAUAUUUUUGUUAUGACUGUGACAUGUUUCAAAUGGUUUAUGUCAGACUUUCUUCAUAGGUAUUUGUAAGAUGACGUACUUUGUUGUACUAUUUUUAUUUUUGCAUUUUUUUGGUAUUAAAGCUGAUUUAGCCCGACUGAAAUAAAGAUCAUUUUGAAUUGUG